CGCCUCUGGGCCUUGUGGACUACCGCUUUUGUCCCCUUAGCCGUUUUCAUCCACCUACCCUGACGCGACGCCGCAAGAUAUAUCAUCAUCGCGCCUCGUCGCUAACCACUCCACCUUGUCCUCCUUCCCACCUCCCCUCCCCUCCAUCAUCUCUCUACUGUUGCCGCCAUGGUUACCUUCGCCCUCCCCGGCGAAUACGACGGCGCGGAUGCUGCUGGCAUCACUCCCAAGUCACGUCCUCCUCUGCCCUUUGCGAAGCGCACUUACGUCGCGACGCCCUAUGCUAAGCGCCUGGGAACGCCUGCGACCACAUCGCGCAAGCUACUGAUUACGCGCGAUGAAACGAUGAAUGGGGACACCGUCUCCUCGUCACGCAACAACCUCUUCAGAGCGUCAGCCGUCGAGAGCCCGCCGACAAGCACCUUCUCUCCCAGUCUCCCUCAGACCACGAUGAAGAAGGUCUUUGCUCCAGGCGUGACGCCUGUGCAGAAUCGCGUUUACCGCGAGACUAUCGCUCGUGCGACGCCACGCGGCUUGGCUGCGAACUCCUCGGAUAAGGAGUUGUUCAACAUGCGAAUCUCAUCGCCUCCUGCAGAGCUGACUGGCGAGGUCCUGGCGAGCAAGGUUCCAAAGGACUGGAAUUCUAAGGGAUCCAUCUAUGCCGACCAGUUCUUGGCCCACCUCUGCCCUCCAAACCUCGACGACGAGCAGCGUCGCCAGUUCUUCUGCAUUCUCGAUCUACGCCGACUGAAAUAUGCCGCCAACGAGAUCUUCACCAAGAAGAGCUGGAAGCUCAACAUCAUGAACUUUGCCAAGGAGUUCGAAAAGAGUCGAAGCAUUAUCCUGCUCCGAUAUGGGCUUUACGAGUUCCAGAGUGUUAAGCCAUCUAAGGAAGUUCUCAAGCGAUGGCGACGAGAGCACGGCUUACCCGAUCCUGUGGAAGAGGAGGAUGAAGAGGGCGUAGCCGCCAGAGCUCUGGAUGGCACUCCAAGCAAGCCGGCGGCUGCCAAGAAGCGGAAGGCCGAUGACAACCUAUCAAAGGAGACUGCUGAUGCUGCUGAGAAUGUGGUUUCACCAGUCAAGCGAAGGGCUACUGUCAGAGAUGAAGCAGACGAGCCUACUGCCAAUACUCCAGCUCCUACCAAGAACAAGAGAAAGGCCACUGUCGAGGAAGAGUCGCCGGCCAAACUGCAAAAGACCCCUUCUUCUUCCGCCAAGUCACUCUUCGAGAAGAUUGCCAACAAGCCGGCUGUUUCUCCUGUCCCUGUCAAGGCAGCUGAGAAGAAUGCAGCCAACGGUAGACUCUCUCGCUCAGUCUUCAACAACAGCUUGAAGCCCCCGGCGAAUGGCGUUAGCAACGGCAACAUUUUUGGCUACCUGUCUGACGCCAGUUCUGCCAAGAACAGCGGAAUCGAAGCUGAUGCUGAGAGCGAGAGCGAAUCUGACGAAGAAAUCGAAGAAAGCCAGGAAGCUGCUCAGAGCGACGAACCUAGUGGCGCUGGUGACGCUUCGCCUCAAACCGGGUCCAACCUUACCCCAUCGGGAUCUGGAGACAACAACGGCGGCAGCUUCAACUUCAAUUUCGGAUCGGGAGGAGCAUCUGCCCCAACGGGCGGCUUCAACAACCCUUUCUCAUCUGGCACCACUAGUGGAAACGCAGCCCCGGCCCAAUCAUCGGCUCCUGCUCCCGUGUUCUCCUUUGGUUCUUCCACUCAGCCAGGAGGCUCCGGAGGCUCUGGAGGCUCUGGAAUGUUCCAGUUUGGCAGCGGUACCGGAAGUCAGCCAUCUCAAGCAUCAACGCCUUUGUUUGGUGGUGCCUCGGCGUCGUCUACCAGCGCACCGUCGUUUACUGCCACGGGCCCUUCAAGUCAACCAUCGACUUCUAUGUUCUCCUUUGGAGCAAGCCAGCCUUCCUCCGGGUUCAACCUCGCACCGCCAGCUGGUGGAUCCUCGACCACCGGGACCACUGGCGGGACUCCGGAACCAUCGGCCCAACUGAAGACGAACACUAGCGCAGCUGAUAACAACGACGAGGAGGGCGAGAAGCAUGAGCAGAUCAGCUUGACAGACGGCGCUGAGAAGGAUGAAGAAGUUUUAUACGAGGUUCGUGCAAAGGUGCUGAAGUUUGUCCCCGCUGGGGAGGCGUCUGAGAGCGAAGAGAAGAAGUCCAAGAGUCCCUGGGCCACCAAAGGUGUUGGAUCCUUGCGCUUGUUGAAGCACAAGGAAGCCAACACUGUGCGCUUGCUCUUGCGAGCGGAGCCCAGAGGUAAUGUCGCGAUGAACCGCUCUGUGCUGCCGGAUUUAUCGUACAAGGCGGAUGAGAAGUAUGUGAAAAUGACUACGUCGAAUGACACGGGUGACGGCCUCGAGACCUGGAUGAUCCAGGUGAAGACAAAAGAUGUGGCCAAGGCGCUGGCCGAGGCGUUGGAGACUCACAAGGCGUUAAACAAGAAAUAAUGUGGAGGAGCAUGGUGCAUUUUACGACUGGGCUGUUCAUCAAGAAAUGGAAGGAUGGGGGAGCUCGUGGGGUUUGUCCUUUUUUUUAGCAUUGCGGGCGUUAGAAAGCAUUGAAGCUGGAUGCAGUUUGGUUUUUUUCGGCUGGGUUCUGUGAAGAAUGAAGCUCUAUAUAUCCCCUGGAGCAAUCAUGACCUUUGAUAGUGAUGAUUUACUCUGCCCCCUUAACAUCAUGAUACUGUAAUAACAAUUCUGUACUUC